UCAGUCCGCCAUGAACUGCCUGACCGUGCCCGGCGUCCACCCCGGCUCGCCCAGCCGGCCCCGCGGGCAGAUACAGGUGAUCUUCGGGCCGAUGUUCUCCGGGAAGAGCACGGAGCUCAUGCGGCGGGUGCGGCGCUUCCAGCUUGCCCAGUACCGGUGCCUGCUGGUGAAGUACGCCAAGGACACGCGCUACAGCUCCUGUGGGGUGUCCACACACGACAAGAGCACCAUGGAGGCUGUGCCCGCCGAGCUCCUCCAGGACGUGUACCAGGAGGCGCUGGGCGCCGCCGUCAUCGGCAUCGACGAGGGCCAGUUCUUCCCAGACAUCGUGGAGUUCUGCGAGACAAUGGCCAACACCGGGAAAACCGUCAUCGUUGCUGCUCUGGAUGGGACUUUCCAGAGGAAGGCCUUCGGGAGCAUCCUGAACCUCGUGCCGCUGGCGGAGAGCGUGGUGAAGCUGAACGCCGUGUGCAUGGAGUGCUUCCGGGAGGCCUCCUACACCAAGAGGCUGGGAGCAGAGCGGGAGGUGAGUUCCCUCGGAACAGAAACUGCUUCACCUUUCCAGUCCUGCUGGUCCAGAGGGAUCCCCUCAGGGAAGCUGGACUCUGCAGAGUCACCCUCCGAAUUUCCCUGCCAGGUUGAAGUGAUUGGAGGAGCCGACAAGUACCACUCCGUGUGCCGAGCCUGCUACUUCCGCAAGCGGCCCCAGCAGCCUGGGCUGGAGAACAAGGAGAAUGUGCCCCUGGCGUUGAGGCAGCAAGAGGCAGCUGCCAUUCGCAAGAUCUUCACUUGACUGCUGGGAAAAUGGAGGAGAAGGGAGCUCAGUACCAUGGCUCAUGGGCAUGGGAUCUGCCUCCCCCUGCUUUUAGUGAACUGUUCAGUGCCUCAGCCCUCCCUACCCAACCUCCACUGCCUCCCCACACUGAGCACCACAGCCAAGGAGGAUCCACCAGGCCUGAUGCUGGGGAGAGCUGAAGAGAGAGCCUGAUAAGAGUGAGUUCCAGUCUCAGAACACAGGGACGGAUGUAGUCAGUGAUGUUACCACACACAGACCCUGGCUCACUCCAUGAUGACCUAGGCUGCAGGGCUCCCGCUGCUUGCCAUGGCCCUGGCCAGCUCUCCCCGUGCUCUGUGUGUACUCAGGCUGGCUCUGGUGCCUGUGAACGCAGCCCUUCUCUCUGGUGCACUCUUGCUAAAUUCCAGGUUUCUAAUGACAAUGUACAGUCAUUAAUAUUUUGAGCCCACUUCCUUUUUUAACAGUCUGAGGUAAGUUGUUCCUUGUCACAGAGCUGUGGCACAACUUUUAAACUGACACACGCGACAACCCAGCCCUGGGCAGGGCCUUGGCCUCUCUGACUGCUGAUGCUCACUUUUAUUAUUGCUUUGUCAAUUCUUGGUGAAACAGAAGAGGGGAAAGGAAGGCCCAACUCAGCCUGGCAGCAGGCUCUUCUGAGCCAUUGAACUGUAAGGGCUGGUGGUGGUCUAGCAGGCUGUGACAGAGUCCUUUGGAAAAACUGGCCCCAGGAAGAGCCUCCUCCAAAUUCAGGGCAGUUUUUCUCAGGUUCAAGGUUGGUGCUGCCGUUUUGGUGCUGCAUUAACUGUGAGGGAUUUGGAGGCUCAGGGUUUCAUCCAGCCAGAUUUGGGCAACUGUUCCUGUGAAGGUCCAGCUACCUGGCAAAGGGGCUCUGAUAUGAAGGGCUGGUUCUUUAGUUGUGUCUCUUGCUCCCUCCUGAACCUUCCAAAAUUCUCAAGGCUGACUGUUCCUCUGCUCUAAGCUGACUGAGGCAUCCUCUUCCUACUUUGCUUGAUUCGGCUUCUGGAAGGUUGUUGGCUUUGUUCCUUACUCCUUGCAAAAGUGCUUUUCCCUGCAAGAGAGCCACAGGCUCCAAGCAGUAGCUCUUGGUUCUGGCCAGGCCAGAUCUCCGUGUGUGAGCGCAGGGUCACUGUUUGCUUGUGCCCUGGAAGGCUCUAAGAGCCACAUGAACUCCCUCUGUUGCACCCAUGUUACUAGUGGGCACAACUGUACUCACAAGUACGUGAGUGCCAGGCCUGAGUUUUUCUCUCAGGGCUGGGGAAGGGACUGCUGCGGCUGUUUUAGGUUA